CUUAGCUGCAGGGAGCCAAACACCAUUCCCCAUCUCCCAAAACAAAAGCAAGUGUACAAUUCAAAGUUUCAACGGUCAACAUUCAAACCCCAAUCCCAAGGAACAAACCCACCCCAGUCAGUCUCCGCCCCCGCACGUCCUUUCUUUUUUCCCUCCCUCGCUCUCGCCAUACGCACGCACGCACACGUUCAACAUUCCCGUCCACAAACUAUAUAUCCCACCAUUUUCACCUCGCCGCCACCCAAAAGGCAAUCAUCAUCGAUCGUCAGCUCCGGCCCAGCUUGCCUCACGCCAACUCGAUCGCCGCUUAAUUUCUUCUACGGUACGUGCCGACGGCCACCGAUGGUCACGCCGCUGCCCCGCCUCCGCGGUCGGGCCUUCCGCGGCGCGGCGCGCGGCGCUCCGGCCGAGAUACCGCUCGCCGUCAGGCGGACGUGGCCACAGCCUACGUUGGUCGCCGCCGCCGAGUCGGAGCCUGCCGUUCCGACCCACUUCCUGUGCCCGAUAUCGCUCGACAUGAUGCGGGACCCCGUGACGGCGCCGACGGGGAUCACGUACGACCGGGAGAGCGUGGAGGGGUGGUUGGAGCGCGGCCACGCCACGUGCCCCGUGACCGGCCGGCCGCUACGGCUGGAGGAGCUCGUCCCUAACCACGCCACGAGGAGGGUGAUCCAGGAGUGGUGCGUCGCCAACCGGGGGCUCGGGGUAGAGCGCGUGCCCACGCCCCGCGUCCCGAUCUCCGCCUUCGACGCGUCCGAGCUCCUGGCGGCCGUGUCCGAUGCCGCCAGGCGAGGGGAUGGGCCGAGGUGCCGCGAGCUGGUCGCCAGGGCCAGGGCGCAAGGGAAGGAAAGCGAGCGUAAUCGCCGCUGCUUCGUGUCCGCCACCGCCGCCCGCGCGCUCUCCUCGGCCUUCUGCCAUCUUGCCGGUCAGCGUGUGGUGCCAGCGACGGCCCUAGAGGAGAUCCUGGCGGCGUUGGUCGUGUUCUUGCCGCUCGACGAGGAGUCCAGGCGCCGCAUUGCCACCCCGGCGUCGCUAGAAUCCGUCGUGUCCAUCCUGUCCCACGGCGAGCCCGUAGCGCGGGUCAGCGCGGCCGUCGUUCUCCGAGAGAUCGCCUCCUCGUCCGACCGGCAGUGCCUCGAGGCGAUGUCCAAGACCACCGCCAUAUACGCGGCGCUCGUCAAGCUCCUGGAGAAGCCCGCCUCGCCCCAGGCCACCAAGGCGGCGCUGGUAACCGCGUACUACCUCGCCAUGCACACGGAGCUCGCCGCGUCCUGCCUCGUCGACCUCGGCGCGGUGCAGCUCCUCCUCGAGCUGCUGGUGGACGCCGACAAGGGCACGACGGAGAAGGCGCUGGCCGUGCUGGACUGCCUGCUCCUCACGUGCAAGGGUCGCGACGAGGCGUACGAGCAGGCGCUGGCCGUGCCGGUGAUCGUGAAGAAGAUGCAGCACGUGUCCGACAUGGCGACGGAGUUCGCCGUGUCGGCGCUGUGGCGGCUGUGCAAGAACUUCGCGGCGGAGGACGGCGGGUGCAAGGCCGAGGCGCUGCAGGUGGGCGCGUUCCAGAAGCUGCUCCUGCUGCUGCAGGUGGGCUGCGAGGGCGCCACCAAGGAGCGGGCAAGCGAGCUGCUCAGGCUUCUCAAUGGAUCCAGGGACGGCGCAGAGUGCAUCGACUCGCUGGAUUUCAAGGCGCUCAAGAGACCCUUCUGAGUGUGCAUAUUGGAACUUGGUUACCAUGUGGAUAGAACCAUGCAGACACAAUUAGGUUUAGAUUCUCUCUCUCUCUCUCUCUUUUUGGAAGAAGAACUACCAUACUCAAGGGAGCAUUUUUGGAACCUGGAAUAUACGGUUCCACUCAAAAUUAGCAAAAACUGGCAUCUUCAUGUUGUGGAAAAUAUAUACAAAAAUAAUCAUCCAUGCAA